AUGCUUAAAAUCGCAAUUAUUUUAGAAAAUAAAAUAUUUACCGCCCUAAAGCGAUUGACUGCGUCAAGUUCUUUUCGCGAAUACUUCAUCAAAGGAGAUAACGUCGACUUGCCUGAUUAUGGUGGAAAGAUGAAUAUUCCGUGGGAAAAUCAUCACAGAAUAUUUUAUUUAAGAAAUCACUUGAAUAAUGGUAGUGUUCACAUAUUGGAAAUGCAGCACAAAAAAAAAGGUUACGACCUCGAUAAAAACACCUCGAGCUAUGUCUCUGUUAGGAGAGCGUCGAAAAGAAUACAAUUCGUGACUUAA